AUGGUAGGAUUAAAUAAUGGUAAUGGUUAUAGUAAUGGUAAUGAUUACAGUAAUGGUAAUGGUUGUAGUAAUGGUAAUGGUUAUAGUAAAGUUAAUGAUUAUAGUAAUGGUAAUGGUUAUAGUAAUGGUAAUGAUUACAGUAAUGGUAAAGGUUAUAGUAAUGGUAAUGAUUACAGUAAUGGUAAAGGUUAUAGUAAUGGUAAUGAUUACAACAUAAUUAUUGAUGCUUAUAUUGGUAUUGGUAAUGAACUAAUGGUGUUGGGUGUAACUAAUAGUAAUGGUUACAAUAAUAACAAUAACAUUAACACUGAUAUAGCCGCCAAUUUUAGCAGUGGUUCUGAUAUUGGUUAUGUUAAUGGCAUUAUUAGGGGUAUUGGUCCUACAUUUGGUAGUUAG